GUCUGGGGAUACAGAGACCCAGCCAUGAGCUCACUAAUUUCGCAUGUAAUUCAGUUAAUUUGAGCGUUCUGGUCGAAGCCGGAGAACAGUAACGUUUUUGUCAGCCUGAUGUAAGAAAGACCACCGAAAAGUACUGGCUUGGUAGAGACGGUGAAAAACAUGCAAAGCUCUGUUUAGACGCUAGCCAGUCGUCUUAAGAUUUAGUUUUGUUAUCCGUCGAUAUGUAUCUUCCGGGCGAAUGUUACAUUUACUAACCAUUUAAUUGCUCUGAAUAUUCAAUUAUUUUGAUGUUCCCGGGUUGCACCGUUUCUAUCCUUAACAUGGGUAAAUAUGGAUUUACCCAGAUUUCGGAUUUUUGGAAUUUUCGUCAGCUUUAUAUGACUCUACUUAAAAUCAAGUUUUCCCUGCCUGUCAAGGCGUUUGCAUGAUUGUUAAAGUUAUUUAAUGCGUUGAAAGUUCGCAGACAUCGUAAAUUAACGAUGAAAUUUGCCAAACUAGUUCAAAUUAUGAUCUUUUCAAUUUAGUUUAGUCCCAUUUAACCUGUCCAUGGAACGUCGUAUGAUGAAAUAGGGCCCUUUUAGUAGGCUUUUCCAAAAAAAAGUAAAACAGUUCUCCAAAUUCCCUGGCCUGCCAUUCUCGGUUAUAAUUUUUUUGUUUUGUGUUACAUUUACUUCAUUCAAGAUGAGAUGAUCGAAUUGCUUAUAUUAUCAUUAUCACUAUGACAAGCAACGGAAAGCCGCUAUUAAGGAGACCUUUACCUAUAAAAGGCAGUAAAAAUGUAGACAGUGGUGAAGCUGCUACUGCAGUUGAUGGACUUGUGGAGGAUCUGAAUGAGAUUUUCGACCGCAAUCUCAGCGAUAUUUAUCAAACAGCGGAAGAGAAUUCCUCGUACGCGCCGGAUGACUCGUUCAGUGGGGAGUCACAUGACUCAUACCCUCGAGUGGACAACAGACAAGUCAGUCCCAGAACAGCCUACUUGAAGAGUAUGAUGCGCAAGAAGGGAAGCCGGGCGAGAGAAUUCACCGAGGAAGACAUGUACCAGUUCGGCUCGUACAACUCGAAGGCGGGUCUGGCUCAGCCGUUCAGAGUGAGGGGUCCGAUGCCAUUCCACACUUCCCACAAUAUCAAACAACCCUCUGUAGUCUCACUCGCAUACUUGAACGCUUUUGAGGAUGCACAACAACAACAGGAAUUUUCAGCUGAGCAAUUUGAGGAAUCACAACUAGCAUCAGCUUCGGCGGAACAAUUCUCACUCCAGGAUUUCCAGCAACCCAUUCCACGAAGACCAGGUGGUCCUCGAUUAGUGAAGAGUGCUUUAAAAGAAGCAGUGUUAUCUAGACAUAAUUAUGAGAGACUGACCAAACUGUUCGCGGAUGAGGCAUUCAGGACCGAACAAGACCACGUGCAUCAGAUUCACUUUUCAGGUGAGGAAGUGCCAGCUAAAGCCAGUCGUAUCCCGUGGCGUCAGCUAGUGUUGGAGAUGGCUGCCAUUUUGAAAGAGGAAGCGGCCACUAUGCGAGACAGUGUGGCCACUGCGCAGAAGGCAUACAACAAGUUCAUCAGGACAGCGAAAGGAGCAGCUGAGAUUGUGGGCAGACAACCUGAACGAUUCGACAAUGUACUGAAAUCGGAGGAGGAUGUAUAUCAAUACACAACCGCCAAAUUUUUUGACAACAUAGAAAGGAGUGACUCGCCAAUUGAAAAAGUGGAGGAAUCGGCGUUGAUCACUUCGGACGAGUUGGCAGUACUGGAUGCAAUGGUGUGUGGUGGAGUGGCUCUCAGUCUCAAAGGACAGUUCCUGAAGACGCUACCUGAUUUGAGUCCACUCUAUAACACAUUGAAGUACAUCAAUCUGUCCUUCAACGAGCUAAAGUCGAUUCCAGAGGCACUUUUCUGCUUGCACAAUCUAGAGAUUCUGAAGAUGAGGAGCAACCCACUCACUAAUCUGCCUCAAGACAUCUCUCUAUUGUCGAAUCUGAAGUGUCUGGUACUAGCAUACUGCAACAUCAAAACAAUUCCACUAUCCCUCUUCGAACUGACAGAUCUAGAGAUACUGGAUCUGAGGUACAAUGUGUUGACAUACAUGCCAGCUGAAAUCAGACAGCUCAAGAAUCUGCGGGAGUUGAACGUGGAGGGCAACCAGUUGACUCACAUGCCCUGUGGUCUGUUGAGAUUGAGGAGGAUGACGUCACUAGCAGUGAGGAACAACUUCAUGCACCCUCUCUUGUGGAGAAAUCUCACCAAAGGCAACAAUGUGCAAAGCCUGAAAGAUCUGUGUUGCGCAGUGAUCACUCGCAGCAAAAUAGACAUACAUGCUGGUAGCAAGAAGCUACCCUCCAACAUACUCAACGUGCUAGAACCCGAGGGCGUAUGCGACUGUUGUGGAAGUGGAAUGUUCGGAGAGGGUCUGAAAGUGGUGAGACCUGCGAGGAAGAUAUUCGGGGUGACAAAUGUCCCCUUCCUUUUUGUAUCUUGCUCGCCCUAUUGUCUUACAGAAUUCAAUAACAACUCUAAGAAUACUGCAAAACAUAUCUACAAAGAGGAGUGAAAUCACAGUGAAAUGGUUGAAAGCUUACUGAACAAAUCAUGACGAGAGACAAAAAUCAGCGAGAAAUCAACAAAGUUUUUGUCAAAAUCAACAAAAUUUCAGUGACAAAUUACAGAAAUUGCAGUGAAAAACGAAAUUGUGUGAACACAUUCAUAAACGUGAUAAUUUUGAUUUAAAUGUCUUUUUUCAUCAAUAAGUUCGUUUUGUUCUUGUGAACAGUGUUUCUAUCAGUUUAUUGUUAGAUUUUUGGAAGGAGUUGAGCAAAAGGCACAAAAUAUAGACAAAAAGAUAAAUUAUGACUUGGAUAAAAAACCCAAGAAAGAAUUCAUAAAUCUAUUGCUAAAAAGAUUGAAAGCUAAAAACUGUAAAACUAAAGAUGAGUUCCAAAAAACUCAAAUAUCUUUCCUUAGAUUGAGGAAAUUAUUUUCGUUUUGAACAUAAAGUUGACCUAGU